AUGGAUCCAAGUAAGAGAAUCAUCAGUCAUAUGAACAAAGGUCAUCAAAUUUCAAUUGUAGAUUAUUUGGUAGUUUAUGGUAACGUCAAAUUAUCAGAAUUAGUUGAAUCAUCAGCUCAAAUUUCUGCCAUUAAUGAAAAGUCAAUGGAUAUCACUUAUUUUACUAAAUCCAAUUCGAAGCAAACCAAAACUUUCAAAUGGAAAGAUAUCCCAGAAGAUGAUAAUGUUACUGUUAAAGAUAUGUCUGACUUGAAAGCUAAAUUGGUUUCUAUGGCUAAAUAUGCUGCUUCCAAACAAGGUUAUUCACAUGUUCAAGUUACCGAGUAUCCAAGAUUGAACAAAGAUACUGCUCUUAUGACUUCAUUACUUGCUAUCUGCAUAAUCGGGUUAUAUGAUAUGAGACUUUUGAAACGUUUAUUGGCCAACGAUCCAAUUACUUCAUCGAUAUCUCCUUAUUUCCCUGCCAAAUUUUGGAAUUUAUUAGGGUCCAUUGAAAGAAACUUUAAAUCUUACGUUGCAGGUCUUUAUGCUAUUCAUAUUGGUGAAAUUGUUUACUAUACUAUUCCCAAUAUGAUAAGAUUCAGGGUUCCAUUCCCACAAAGUGUUGCUUGGUGUGGACUUCAUUUCAUCGAAGGUUUCUUAAGAAUAAUCCAAUUCAGGAAUCUUAAAAGUGCCAAAGGAGCUUAG